AUGUCGACACUCUCGGCAACAGAUGGGACAAUACAAGGGAGCACUCUCGACUCAAUCGCCGAGUCUUCCACCAAGACUUUGAGGGAGGAGAAUUACAUAUUCGGAAAACUUGUGGACAUAGACGACAACGCGGACAGAGAAAGUCUGGGUGAACGCUACGUGGAUAAAGAAAAAGGCGUAGAGGAUAUAAACAUCUAUGACACUGACACACAAGAUCUGAGCGCCGAAGAACCAAACAUGGAGAAAAAUGAAUCAAUUGACAUUGAAUCGAACGAUGAAAACCCCGAUUAUUAUUACGGAGAAUCAUCUACCUCAUACACAUACCCUCGCAGGAGCUCUAGGAAGACAGGACUAUUUUCUGGUUUUUAUCCCUUAUCUGAUAGAAACGCGUACAACUUUUCGGCAGAUUUGAUAGCACAGUUUGAUAGAUACCGCAUGACGAUGCACGAAAGCCUUCGUCAAGAGCUAGAAGAGUUAGAAAGAACGCGCCAAAACCCAAGUCUACAAAAGACACCCGCUUCCCCGACGUCAGAAACAUUUGAAACUCCCGUUCGCUCACCAUCACCAACACGCACAUCAGUCUCCACAACCGCCCGUCCGAUUAGUACUGAUACGAAUGCACCAAUGAAAUGUUUCUCAAGCAAACAGAAAUAUAGGAAAAAGGGUCGUAGAAGGGGGAAUAGUGGGGAUAAAUUGGAUGAUUGGAUUAUCACCAAAGGAAGGGAAGAGAUAAGCGAAGAAAUGUCUGUUGAUGAAGACGGUACAAUAACUGAAGAUGUAAAUAUUAGUAAUAACAGCGCACUUGAAGGAAAAAAGCGUAGUGAAGGCAAAAGUGAUGAUGGUGAUUCGGAUACUACGGAAAAAAGGAAGACAGCAAGAAUGAAGAGAGAACAAAGUCUAAGACGGGUUGGAAGCACCAGAAGGAAAUUCGGAUUGUUUGACAAAUGUAUGUCUUUGGAUGACGAGUGA